GUGAUUUCUAGUUUCGUAUCCAACUAUACGCAAGUAAAGAGGGAACACUCUUAUUAGUCUUGGUUUAGGUUAGGUACCUCGCUUUGUACUGUGUUACCUGUCUCCAGGUCUUUUAAUACAUAACGAAACAUCUGAUCCCAUCACCAUCACCAUAUUCCAAAGCAGGUACCUUAGUAGAUAACCUAGGUAUCCUAUAUUCGCGGAUUCUCAUUUUCUAUUUUCAAAUCCAUGUCAUUCUAUACUGCCUUUAAUACUGUUUUGUAUAGAGUAUCUUAUCAGGUAUUCUCCCGACUUACAAAGUCCCAGGGUUAACCGUUAUGACGUCCAAUUCCGACUGGAGAGCCUCACUCAGCUCAUCCGACCGCUAUGAUAAUAUCCAAGCCAUAAAAGAGGCCCUUGAUAAUUUAAGUGAUACGGAUAACCCUUCUCAGAAAACAGCAUUUGCUCUUGAGAACGAAGCUUAUAAGGCUUCUACGACGCGUGCCGAAUAUGAUGAAGCAUGCCGGCGUUUACUAGAGCAAAAAUCACCGGUUUCUUCCGAGGCGCAACCCGCCCCGAUAGACCCAGUUGUCCCGGAAUCUCCUGGUAUCACGAUAGGUCAUUAUCAAAACUGUCAUCAUGUCGCCAGCGGAGUUACUGCUGAAGUCUAUAGAUCGAAGACGGUGGCUCUCAAAGUAAUUGUUGAUACCUCCGUCGGCGAACCUCACAAUCCCUAUAGAGAAGCCAAGAUUCUGAAGUUGCUAAGAAAACCGUGCAUUCCUUUGCUGGAGACUUUCCGGGAUCAAGAACAACGGUUCAUUUUAACCUUUCCAUUCAUGCCCUUAAGUUUAGCAGACAUUAUUGAACAGGGUCGCAUACCAAGAAGCCGAAUACAGAAACUUUUCACGGAUCUCUUUAAUGCUCUAGUCUAUAUCCACGAGCAAGGCAUAAUACACAGGGACAUCAAGCCUUCAGCUCUCUUGCUUGAGUCCCCCGAUGGCCCCGCCUACCUUUCAGACUUUGGUUCAGCAUGGCAUCCUGAGCUUUCAGUUUAUACGGAGCCUCCCAAUGGCAAGAUCUUAGACAUUGGCACCGGUCCGUAUCGUGCCCCCGAGGCAUUGUUCGGCGAUAAAUCAUACGGCCCUGCAGUUGAUAUGUGGGCAGCCGGAGCUAUGCUUGCGGAAUGCUGCCGCGAAACGCCCCGAGAACUUUUCGAGUCGCGGGCGGCCCAUGAAGAUGGAAACCAGCUCGGCUUGAUCUUAAGCAUUUUCAAGACUAUCGGAAGUCCCACCCGGGAGUCAUGGCCCGAAGCGGCGAACUUUAAGACACCUCCAUUCGAAAUGUAUCGAGUAUUUGAAGGUCACUCUUGGGACGAAAUACUACCGGACGUCGAUGAAGACUUUCGCGAACUCGUUGCCGCGUUGGUAGUAUAUAGCGAUCGUAAAAGAGCUACUGCAUCCCAAGCAUUGAAAUUUAGAUGUAUGGUAGAGGUGUGAAUUAUUAUCUCGUGACUCAUAGCUCUAUAAUCUCAAACACAACGUGGAGUUGAUAAACUCGUGUCGUUGAAAAUAUAUAUACAGGAACUUCUGGCCACGGUACCUAAGUAAGCUUGGAAGAGCAGCAGUCCUCAGCCCCCAUUACUUGGACGGGCUGGACGCGAUGCGC